CAUAGUUGCCAAAUGAAUAUAAACCGCACCUCCCAAAAGCUGUCACCCUACGCUAAUCGUCAAAAUUCCCAACUCUCUCACACGCACACGCACAGAAACGUGAGGAAGCAAGGAGGUGCCUGACUGCAUAUCGAUAUCGCCAUGACGAAUCUCUACACAGGGGUAACCAGGAAAGAUAAACCCAGGGGUCGUCAUCAUGGGUUGACUAAUCAGAAAAAGCAGGAAAUAAGAGAAGCAUUCGAGCUGUUUGAUACUGAUGGAUCUGGUAACAUCGAUGCCAAAGAAUUAAAUGUUGCAAUGAGGGCUCUUGGUUUUGAAAUGACCGAAGAGGAAAUCAAUCGAAUGAUUGCUGAUGUAGACAAAGAUGGAAGUGGUGCAAUUGACUUUGAUGAAUUUUGUUACAUGAUGACAACUAAAUUUGGAGAAAGGGACACCAAGGUGGAGCUCAUGAAAGCUUUUCACAUUAUUGACCAAGAUCAAAGUGGGAAGAUUUCUGCUGCAGAUAUUAAGCGUGCAGCGAAGGAGUUGGGUGAAAGUUUCACUGACAGAGAGAUUCAAGACAUGAUUGAUGAAGCAGAUCAAGAUCGCGAUGGUGAAGUUAAUGCUGACGAUUUCAUGAGGAUGAUGAAGAGAACUUCUUAUGGGUACUGAAGCUAAUUUGUGCAUCAAAUUUUUAGUCGCAAUAUAUCAGAAACGGUUUGUUACUUAUCUGUUGUAGUGUGGAAUAUGUUAAUUUAAAGUUAUAAACCGAAUGACAAGUGAGACGUAUCUAUAUUUAUCGCUGUUUGAAAAUAUUGUGAUAAUCCUGUUUCAGAUGUUCUUACGUAUUACUCCAAAUUUUUGACGCGUGAAAGUAGAGAGUAAUGCGAAUCUUGCAAAUAAAGUGCAGUAGUAUUUACUGUCAA